AUGGGGGGUGGGGGCGCGCGGCUUCCCCAGUCUCCGCUUCUUGGGGUCGAUCUCUGGACCAUGCCGGACAGAAGUGAAGUAAGCACACGCAUCAAACCGGGCCUGUGUCAUGGAUGAUGGCCCAUGACAUCGUGUGGGAACAAUGUUUCUGCAGCACACGAGCGCGUACCGGGCUUCCACGGUUUCUGAAGGGUCGAAGGUGCUGCUGUGCUGCUUCCGCGACCGGCGAAGCCAGCUGUGGAGCUUUUGCUGGCUGAGCUGCUUCCUGAUCUCCAUCGGCCUCAUCGUCGUGGGGGUCGUGAUCAAGCUGAACUACCUGUGGAUCCUCGGCCUCGCCGCGACCAUAACAAUCGUUGUGGCGUGGGCGUUCCGGCAAUGGGGUGCGAGCGAAACUUGGUGGGCGGGCCCUACUGCGCCCGGCACCAGCGGUGCCCCCCUGGAUCAGGUGCUGGACCGCCAUGUGCGCAAGGAGAUGGAGACCAAGACCAAGCAGGAAAUGAAGCUCGAGGACCGCCGGAUGAGCAUGUACGCCAAGUUCAAGGAGAAAGUCAGGUGGGAGCGCCAGGCCACUGCAAGGCAGUCAAAGUCGUCGAGGCCGUCGCGGGCCUGACGGAUGGACGGAGGUGCAAAGGGGGACAGGAGGAAUGUGUGUCGGGAUGAUUGGCAGACUGACAGACGGGGAGGGAGGGAGGGAGGGAGGGAGGGAGGGAAGAGCGUGGUCAUUUUGUGAUUUGGCUCGAGACUCCUUGUCAGUGUUUUUUCGGAAGCACCCCCCCACGCACACAUCGACAAUCAAUGGCCUUGUGUCUAUACAGUACGAUGCAUACGUACGUGUUGGCCGCCGACAAGUUGCGGCCCGCGAGGAAGGGACCCUUCUGUCCUGCUCUCUCUCUCUCUCUCUCUGUCUGUCUGUCUGUCUGUCUGUUACGUCGUUUCCCGCAAGCAGUAGUGUGUGUGUCUCCUCUCCCCCUCUCUCCCCCCCACCCCGGCAGCGUGUGAAGAGUGUUUUGGCCUUUUUCGACUGGCUGGCUGACUGGCUGGCUGGCUGGCUGUGUGUUGUGGGUUUAGGUGUCUGUCGUGCUUACGGGAGGGAGGGAGGGAGACACCGACUUAAGGUGAUCAUUCAUU